CGCCUAAACCGCAGACAUGCUUGUCGUGGUUGUGAGGGUCUCUCCUCCUCCUCCCCACGCCGCCCGCUGUGCUUCGGCUGUGUCCGCCAGAGGGCGCUCGGGCUCCGAUGUCAACACGCGCCAUUCGAUUGUGGAAAAUGCCACCAGAUGGCGGUUUAGGAUUGCUGCUCUUCUGAAAGGCGCGGUUCCUUCUCCCGGUCCAAUUUUCAAUUAAUAAAUCCAUAUUUAGCAAAACUUUUAUCGAAUUCCGAAUAGCGGGAACGCCGACCUUUGCGACCAUGAGCAUCGCAGGCUCAGAGUUGCAGUGUUAAUACUGUCAUCAGCACUAGAAGCACACUGAAAGACGUCCUCCCAGCAGAGCACCACACACAGCAGACCUGGAACACACCAUCAUCAUGAUCACCUCAGAGCUGCCAGUGCUACAGGACUCGGGUGAGUCGGGUCAGGACACAGUGAGUCUCAGUAUGAGUAUGAGUGAGCUGGACGACCCUGGAGAUGGAAAGAGCAAGAAGAAGAGAGGCCGGCCUGGCAGACCACCUGCACCCAACAAGAAGCCACGGAAGUCCCCUUUAGAAAAAUGCCCGAUGGGAGUCCAGCGGGGGCGGAAGGCCAAUGGAAUGGCCCAGCAGAACGGAGAGGGCGAUCCUGUCACUCUGUUUGAAGUGGUCAAACAGGGAAAGAGCGCUAUGCAGUCGGUUGUUGAUGAUUGGAUUGAGUCAUACAAGCAAGACAGAGAUUUAGCACUUCUGGACCUCAUCAACUUCUUCAUCCAGUGCUCUGGCUGUAAAGGCACUGUAAGAAUCGAAAUGUUUCGCAACAUGCAGAAUGCUGAAAUUAUCCGCAAAAUGACAGAGGAGUUUGACGAGGACAGUGGCGAUUACCCCUUGACCAUUUCUGGCCCGUUGUGGAAGAAGUUUCGCUACAACUUUUCUGAGUUCAUCUGCGUCCUGAUCCGCCAGUGCCAGUACAGCAUCAUCUACGAUGAGUACAUGAUGGACACGGUCAUCUCUCUGCUGACGGGUCUGUCGGACUCACAGGUUCGAGCCUUCAGACACACCAGCACUCUAGCAGCCAUGAAGCUCAUGACAGCUCUGGUGAACGUAGCUCUGAAUCUGAGCAUUAAUCAGGACAACACACAAAGACAGUAUGAAGCCGAACGCAACAAAAUGGUGGGAAAGAGAGCCAAUGAGAAGCUUGAACUCCUACUUCAAAGAAGGAAAGAGCUUCAAGAAAACCAAGAUGAAAUCGAAAACAUGAUGAACUCGAUCUUCAAGGGAAUCUUUGUUCAUCGUUAUAGGGAUGCAAUUGCUGAAAUCAGAGCCAUUUGUAUAGAGGAGAUCGGUGUGUGGAUGAAAAUGUACAGCGAUGCCUUCCUGAAUGACAGCUACCUGAAGUACGUCGGCUGGACCUUACAUGAUCGGCAAGGUGAAGUGCGCUUGAAGUGUUUGAAAGCCUUACAAAACCUCUACACAAACCGCGAACUGUUUCCAAAACUCGAGCUCUUCACGAACCGUUUCAAGGAUCGUAUCGUGUCUAUGACGCUGGAUAAAGAGUAUGAUGUGGCUGUGGAGGCCAUCAGACUGGUCACGCUAAUCCUUCAGGGUAGCGAGGACGCUUUGUCUAAUGAGGACUGUGAGAAUGUCUAUCAUCUGGUGUACUCCGCUCACAGGCCUGUGGCAGUGGCUGCUGGGGAGUUUCUACAUAGAAAGUUGUUUAGCAGACAUGAUCCUCAGGCAGAGGAAGCUCUGGCAAAACGCAGAGGCAGGAGCAGCCCAAACGGAAACCUUAUCCGCAUGCUGGUGCUCUUCUUUUUGGAGAGCGAGCUGCAUGAACAUGCUGCCUAUCUAGUGGACAGUUUGUGGGAGAGCUCUCAGGAGCUGCUGAAGGACUGGGAGUGCAUGACCGAACUGCUGCUGGAGGAGCCAGUGCAAGGCGAGGAGGUGUUGACAGACAGGCAGGAGAGUGCUCUGAUUGAGCUGACUGUCUGUACCAUUCGUCAGGCUGCUGAGGCCCAUCCGCCUGUGGGGAGAGGGACUGGGAAAAGGGUCUUGACAGCGAAGGAAAGGAAGACGCAGAUUGAUGACAAAAACAAAUUAACAGAGCACUUCAUCAUGGCUCUUCCCAUGUUACUCUCAAAAUACCAGACAGAUGCAGAGAAAGUAGCCAACCUCCUACAGAUCCCGCAGUACUUUGACCUGGAUGUGUACAGUGCAGGGAGGAUGGAGAAGCACUUGGACGCAUUGCUCAAGCAGAUCAAGUUUGUGGUGGAGAAGCACACGGACACGGAGGUGCUGGAGGCCUGCAGUAAGACCUACAGCAUCCUGUGUAGUGAGGAGUACACCAUCAUGAACCGUGUGGACAUCAGCCGCAGUCAGCUCAUCGAUGAUCUAGCUGACCGCUUCAACCACUCGGUGGAGGAGCUGCUGCAGGCGGGGGAAGAGGCGGAUGACGACGACAUCUACAACGUUCUCUCCACUCUCAAGAAACUCACAGCCUUUCACAAUGCUCAUGACUUGACCAAAUGGGAUUUGUUUGGGAACUGCUACAGGUUGCUAAGGACGGGAAUAGAGCAGGGCUCUAUGCCAGAGCAGAUAGCAGUACAGGCUCUUCAGUGCUCUCAUUACUCCAUACUGUGGCAACUUGUGAAGAUCACAGAAGGAGCUCCAUCCAAGGAUGAUCUCCUAGCACUUCGCAGGGUUGUCAAGUCUUUUCUAGCCAUGUGCCAGCAAUGUUUAUCAAACGUCAACACGCCGGUUAAAGAGCAGGCGUUCAUGCUGCUAUGCGACCUGCUGAUGAUCUUCAGUCACCAGCUCACCACAGGGUCCAGGGAGGGUCUGCAACCUCUGGUCUUCAACCCAGACAGCAGCCUACAGAAUGAGCUGCUCAACUUCAUCCUAGACCAUGUGUUUAUAGACCAGGAUGAUGAGAAUCAGAGUAUAGAGGGUGAUGAGGAGGAUGAAGCUAACAAGAUUGAGGCCUUACACAAGAGGAGAAACCUCCUAGCUGCCUUCAGCAAGCUCAUCAUUUAUGAUAUAGUAGACAUGCCAGCUGCUGCAGACAUCUUCAAACACUACAUGAAGUACUACAACGAUUAUGGAGACAUUAUCAAGGAGACUCUAAGUAAGACCAGACAGACGGAUAAGAUACUGUGUGCCAAGACGCUCAUCCUGAGCUUACAGCAGCUCUUUAAUGAGCUGAUCCAGGAUCAGGGCCCUAACUUGGACAGGACCUCAUCUCAUGUGAGUGGCAUUAAGGAAUUGGCCCGUCGCUUUGCCCUCACCUUUGGCUUGGACCAGAUCAAGACCAGAGAGGCUGUGGCCACACUGCACAAAGAUGGCAUCGAGUUCGCUUUCAAGUAUCAGAAUCCUAAAGGACCAGAGUAUCCCCCUCCAAAUCUGGCCUUCCUGGAGGUUCUCUGUGAAUUUUCCUCGAAGCUUCUUCGCCAAGACAAGAAAACAGUGCACUCGUAUCUGGAAAAGUUCAUGACUGAGCAGAUGAUGGAGAGGCGGGAAGACAUCUGGCUGCCGCUCAUCUCCUACAGGAACUCUCUGCUGACGGGUGGAGAUGAAGAUCGCAUGUCCAUCACCAGCGGCAGCAGCAGCAGCAAAGCUGGAUCUAUACGGAGCAAGAAGGGCCGUCCAGCCAUGCACAAGAAACGCAUCGAGGAGGAGAGUGUGGAGAGCUCAUGGAUGAUGAGGAGUGACACCCUACAGACUCCCGGAGCCUUGCAGACACCCCAGCUCACCUCCACCGUACUCCGAGAAAACCCUCGGCAAGCUGCUGAGCACCUCCCUGAGCAGAACUCUGAGCCCGGCUCUGAAUCCGACUAUGUUCAUAAUCCUCAGAUGCAGAUGUCCUGGCUCGGCCAGCAGAAGAUGGAGGAGGUGAACAGGAAAGAACGCACAGCCAUGAACUACAUGAAGGCCCGUAGCGGAGGCGUACGACAGACUGUACGUGGUCUCAUGGAGGAUGACGCAGAGCCCAUCUUUGAGGAUGUCAUGAUGUCGUCGCGAGGACAGCUGGAAGACAUGAGUGAGGAAUUCGAGGACACCAUGGUCAUUGAUCUGCCUCCAUCCAGGAACAGGCGGGAGAGAGCAGAGCUAAGACCGGACUUCUUUGACUCUGCAGCCAUGAUUGAGGAUGAGUCGGUAAGAAUGAAUCGCCAAGGCUUUAAC